AUCGGCCCAGCCUCUCAGCCUCUGGAUCACACUGGCAUCUCUGGGUUUUGGGAUCUGGGCUCUGCACACUGAUGGAAGGAGUGUCUGUGGGCUCUACAGAGCUGCGUACAGACCCAAGUCCUGGAUUCUCCCCGUGAGAUCUUGGGCAAGUCCCUGCUCCUCCCCGGCCUCAGAUUUUCCAUUUGUCAAAUGGGUGUGUUGGACUUGUUCCAUGGCUUCCAAUGUCUGGUUUGUAGCAAAAUGCGAAAAACUGAGACAAGGUCAUGAGUUUUUCUUAAGGCCAAAUGCAUUUGUUUAAGACCUCUCCUGAUGGUAUGCCCGCCUAGUUACUUUUUAGUGGUGUCUUUUAUGAAAUGAUUGUAAUGGUGGUGGUGACAGUAUUAUUAUUUUUUUUUUUACUAUCCUACGUGGCAAAAUAAACAGUUAGCAACCCUAGGUUGGUCCCUGCAGUUUCAAAUGCAAUCCUGUGUCUCGGUGUCAGGUGGAGGAGCUCUGAGGGCUGUGGGGCCGGGAAGGCUUCAGGAAUGAGGCAGUGGCUUGGAGCGAGCGGGGUCUCCUCUGCUCCCUCAUUACGCCUGGCUGGGCUGACACCCGCCUCGGUGCCCUGCUGGCUGAGCCCUGUUUAGAUCUCUGUGACUCGUACCUGCCACCUUUCUGGCUCUGGGCGUUGAUUUCCCCGAAAGCAGGAGGAAUGGGGACGGGGCCUCGGGUGUUGGAGGAGAUAGGUGGGCCCUCCCCAGGAGAGCGGGGCCCAGCUGGAGCUACUGGCCCGGCUCAGAACAGAGCCCCAUCCACACGUCUUUGGCUGGCCCUUGGCCUGGUACAAGUGGGAAUUCCUGGCCCUGCCCGUCACUGGAGCAGGUAUGACAGCCACGCGGUGACACCAGGCCUAGGCACUUGGGUGCUUAACUACGCUGGGGCAGGCGGACAGAUAGGCAGACGGGCAGACUGGCAGAGGGCCUCCACGGAGCCCACCCCCCACCCAGCUCCUGCGCACCAUGGCCCAGGAGACCAGGCCGGCCGUGCCCAGGGGCAGGAGGGGCUGGGUGUUCUUGGCCUGUGUCUCCGUGGUGACCGCCCGGCGGUGGGCUGUCGCCCGCCGUGCCUCUCUGCGAAGCCUCACACCCUACCCAGCACCUCUGCCGGCACCAGCACCAGCACCAGCCACCGAGAGCUCUACGCAGGAGAUCGGCGAGGAGCUGGUCAACGGGGUCAUCUACUCCAUCUCCCUGCGCAAGGUGCAGGCGCACCACGGCGCCAGCAAGGGCCAGCGCUGGCUCGGGUGUGAAAAUGAGUCGGCCCUGAACCUGUAUGAGACCUGCAAGGUGCGGACCGUGAAGGCAGGCACGCUGGAGAAGCUGGUGGAGCAUCUGGUGCCUGCCUUCCACGGCAGCGACCUCUCCUAUGUCACCAUCUUUCUGUGCACCUACCGAGCCUUCACCACCACCCAGCAGGUCCUGGACCUGCUGUUCAAAAGGUACGGUAGAUGUGAUGCCCUCACGGCCUCCUCUAGAUACGGCUGCAUCCUCCCAUAUUCCGACGAGGACGGUGACCCCCAGGACCAACUGAAAAAUGCCAUCUCCUCCAUCCUGGGCACCUGGCUGGACCAGUACUCAGAGGACUUCUGUCAGCCCCCGGACUUUCCCUGCCUCAAGCAGCUGGUGGCCUACGUGCAGCUCAACAUGCCCGGCUCUGACUUGGAGCGCCGUGCCCACCUUCUCCUGGCCCAGUUGGAACAUGCAGAACUCAUUGAGGCAGAGUUGGAGGCUCUGUCACCAACUCCAGCGCCAGCGCCAGCUCUAAAACCAACUCCAGAUCUAGGGGCAGCUCCAGGACCAGCUCUAGUGCCCUAUGCUGUGCCAGCUCCAGAGCUAGAGCCGGUGCCAGCUUCGGAGCUAGAGCUGCUGCCCGCUCCGGAGCUAGAGUCAACACCAGCUCCAGAGCUAGAGCCAACACCCGUGCCAGCUCCAGAGGUGGAGCCAGCUCUAUCACAAACUCUAGAGCUAGAGCCAACACCAGUACCAGAGCUUUCCUGGCCUUCUUCUGUGGCUGCAGAGAACGGGCUGAAUGAGGAGAAGCCUCACCUCUUGGCGUUCCCCCCCGACCUGGUGGCAGAGCAGUUUACACUGAUGGACGCGGAGCUGUUCAAGAAGGUGGUGCCCUACCACUGCCUGGGCUCCAUCUGGUCCCAGCGGGACAAGAAGGGCAAGGAGCACCUGGCUCCCACCGUCCGCGCCACCGUCACCCAGUUCAACAAUGUUGCCAACUGCGUCAUCACCACCUGCCUCGGGGGCCGCAGUGUGACAGCCCGGGACAGGGCCAGGGUGGUGGAGCACUGGAUCGAGGUGGCCAGGGAGUGCCGAGUCCUCAAGAACUUCUCUUCGCUCUACGCUAUCCUCUCUGCUCUGCAGAGCAACUCCAUCCACCGACUGAAGAAGACGUGGGAGGAAGUUUCCAGGGACAGCUUCCGGAUCUUUCAGAAGCUGUCAGAGAUUUUCUCCGAUGAGAACAACUACUCACUGAGCAGAGAACUGCUCAUCAAGGAGGGGACCUCCAAGUUUGCCACCCUGGAGAUGAACCCCAAGAGAGCCCAGAAGCGGCCGAAGGAGACGGGUGUCAUCCAGGGCACGGUUCCCUACCUGGGCACGUUCCUCACAGACCUGGUGAUGCUGGACACGGCGAUGAAGGACUAUCUGUAUGGGAGACUGAUCAACUUCGAGAAGAGAAGGAAGGAAUUCGAAGUCAUCGCCCAGAUCAAGCUGCUCCAGUCGGCCUGCAACAAUUACAGCAUCGCACCCGAGGAGCACUUUAGGUCCUGGUUCCAGGCCAUGGAACGGCUCAGCGAGACUGAGUGCUACAACCUGUCGUGUGAGCUGGAGCCCCCCUCCGAAUCAGCCAGCAACACACUCAAGGCCAGGAAGAACACGGCCAUCGUGAAGCGCUGGAGCGACCGCCAGGCCCCCAGCACGGAGCUCAGUACCAGUGGCAGCUCCCACUCCAAGUCCUGUGACCAGCUCAGGUGUGGCCCCUACCUCAGCAGCGGGGACAUUGCCGACGCACUCAGCGUCCACUCGGCUGGCUCCUCCAGCUCUGACGUGGAGGAGAUCAACAUGAGCUUUGUCCCAGAGUCCCCUGAUGGCCAGGAAAAGAAGUUCUGGGAGUCAGCCUCCCAGUCAUCCCCCGAGACCUCCGGCAUCAGCUCAGCCUCCAGCAGCACCUCCUCCUCGUCGGCCUCCACCACGCCCGUGGCCUCCGCCCGUACCCACAAGCGCUCCGUCUCGGGGGUCUCCAGCUACAGCUCCGCGCUGCCGCUCUACAACCAGCAGGUGGGCGACUGCUGCAUCAUCCGCGUCAGCCUGGAUGUGGACAACGGCAACAUGUACAAGAGCAUCCUGGUGACCAGCCAAGAUAAGGCUCCGGCUGUAAUCCGCAAGGCCAUGGACAAACAUAACCUGGACGAGGAUGAGCCAGAGGACUAUGAGCUGGUGCAGAUUAUUUCAGACGAUCGAAAGCUGAAGAUCCCUGAAAACGCCAAUGUGUUCUAUGCCAUGAACUCUACUGCCAACUAUGACUUUGUCCUAAAGAAACGGACCUUCACCAAGGGGGCAAAGGUCAGGCAUGGAGCCAGCUCAACCCUCCCUCGCGUGAAGCAGAAGGGACUCAAGAUUGCCAAGGGCAUCUUCUAAUUGGUCCCUAGCGCUGGCCAGCCACAGGACCACUCUUUCCAGGGUCUGGCUGGCCGGGGAACUCAGCACUUACAGACUGCAGUGGCCCGGGCCAAGUGGGCACCUUCUGCCCAGCCUGCCUGCCCAGGCCACCCCCAGACUCCAGUUUCACCCUGAACCUCUCCUGCUGCCGGGAUUGACGCCUGCCAGUCGACAGGCUGACCUGGCCUCCUGUGGACCACUCGCUGCCUUAGGUGCCUUCUGCUCUCUGGACCAGAGGACUAGCUGACUUUUGCCAAGGAGCGCUGCCAAUGGACACAGCCCUGCAUGCCACUGGGCACUGCCCUCUAUGCCUCCCUCACACCUUCGCAGGUGUGGGUCACUGCCACCUGUGCCCAUGGGCACCCCAGGGCACCCACUCAUCCACCGAGUCUGACCACUGCAGUUCUCUCCUCGUGCCCGCGAGCACUGGCCUGUACCCUUCAUGGGGGUCCCGGUCCCUCCUCCCACCACCCUAGCCUUUCUCAGGCUGCACCAAAGAUUCCAUCAUCAGGGCCAACUGAGAGUGAGGGAGUCUCGCCCACUACCACCCAGCCCUCCCGGAGAAGAGAGAGACCCUCCUCAUGGACCACACUCUUCACCCGGUGCAUGAAGACGGUCUCAGUCGAGUCCCACUGAUGUCGAAUCUCAUGACACUUGAGUGCCGCUCACUGCUGCAUCCUGGGCUUUAUGAGACCACACGAGACGGGGGUUAGUGAGAGAGGAGGAUUUGGGGGGAGGA